UGUGGAAAAAAAAUAUGUUGAACUUCCUGUCCAUUGUGAAAAAUAAAUUGAUUGAAAAAUGUGGAUAUGUAUAUGUAAAAUAAAAUUAAGUUAAGCUCCCCUCCAAUCAGAUACAUUAAAUUGAAUGUAUAUAUUAAUGAGUGUAUAAUACAUACAACAAGGUUCAACAGUAAUAUAUUUAUUAGGAUUCUGAUACGUGUCAGACAGGGAUGUCUUGGGUUGAGAAAUGGUUCGGGUCGGUUUCGAGUCUGGUUUUCAAAAUUUUCUUUGGAUCGGGUACCAGAUAGAAAGAAGACCGGGUUUCGUAUAUGGGUGUUAUAGUGAUGCUCGGGAGAAGAAAAAACCCGGGAAACGGGAGUCGGGUCUGGAAAUGACCUCGGGAGUCGGGAGGCCAAAAGCUCGGGAAAUUUUCCCGAGUCGGGAGUCGGGAUACCCGAGCAUCACUAGGGUGUUAGGGCAACCCGAGACAUCACUGAAGUCAGCCCAACCCAAAGGUGUGCGCAAAAAUCGCAAACGCAAUCCCAAAAAUGACCGCAAAACGCAUUGCGCACACCCAGAUCAAACUUUUACUAGGCGACAUCGGCCUAAUUAUAAUUUUUUUAGUUUAAAAAGAAUUAAAAAGGCAAAGACAUUAAAUAAAAAAAAUUUCAAAAAUUCACACCAAGCUUAA